CUUUCCUCUGUCUUCUCUUUUGAAACAGACCUUGCUUCCAGGACUUGCUGGACCCUCUGGGGAGGUGGUUAAACCCACGACAGGUGUGACUUCCUCAUCUACUAGUGGAAGUGGUGACAAGGUCUAUGCUCACCAGAUGGUCCGUACAGACUCCCGGGACCAGAAGCUUGACGCCUUUCUACAGCCUCUGGGCAAGGUUCUGCCCAGCCAGCCCCAGGACCCUGUCCAAGGGGAGAGAACAGAGGGCCCUCCUGAAGAAGUCGUGCAGAAGGAUGAGGAGAUGGUUGAGCUCCCAGCCCCGACAGAAGCAGCUGCCGUCAGUCAGAACUUGGAGAGGGACGCAGGAAGAGGGGUUUCUGAAGCAGCACAAAAAGCAGCACCCUCUUCCAGUCCAGGCAACCCCAGAAAGAGACAUCGAGAAGAUUCUGAUGUGGAGAUGAUGGAAAAUGACUCCCGGAAGGAAAUGACAGCUGCCUGUUACCCCCGGAGGAGGAUCAUUAACCUCACAAGUGUCUUGAGUCUCCAGGAAGAAAUUAAUGAGCGAGGCCAUGAGAGUACGUAAGUGCUGAGGUGUGUGUGGCACUCAGGGUUUUGGAAAUGUAGAAAGCACUCAUAUUGUCAGGUGGGCACUGCCGUGUGCUGCAUGGAUAGACUGUUUCCCCUUACACAGGAGACAGUUCUCAGCAGGAAGAGAAGGGCUUCUUCUUCUUCAGUGAGCAAAAAUAACUGUUACUCCUAUUAAUGAAGGGGUGGCCACAGUGGUCAUUGCAGUAAUUUCUACUUUGUUUCUGUUUUUGCUAAAAGCAGCAUCAUGAACGAGCAGUGAAGUAUUUAUCCUGUCAAGUGGGGUGUGCUUAGCUGAGACUUGACAGGUCAUGCCGCUGGAGUUCAAAUCCUCAACUCCCAUUUUCACUGUGUGACCUCACACUGUGACUUAGCUGUUCUGUGCCUCGGAAUGUGAGAUUGAUUUGUCUUAGAAGAUCACCAGCUGAUUAGAAGUAACCAGUAAGACACUUGUUAAGAAAGCGGGGUAUUUUUAUAUCCUGAAGGCCGAUUAAGUCCUUCCUUGUUAUCCUCAGAAGUAGCUUUUGAGAGUAGUUGAGUACCAAACUUCAUCCUGGUCCCUGUUAAUAGAAAACUAGCUGGAAGGUUUUAGAAGUGAGUGGAGGGCGGAGUCAGUAAUUAGAUGUAAGGAGACCGACCGGCGGUGACAGCCGUGCCGCCCUCACAGCCGUGUUCCACACCUGUGAGGAGCUACUCUUCCAGUGUGGGGAUCGUGCAGGCUCCAGGUGGCAGCUCUGUGCUUGAAUCUGUCAUCUGGCCGUGACCUUUCUGUUUUCAUCUGCCGUGCGUAAAUCCGAAAGGCCUGCAAGAUGGCUCCCUGGGUAAAAACACCAGACUCGAUAAUCUGACCCACAUGGUAGAAAAAGAAAACCAACUCCUGAAAGUUGUCCUCGGACCUCUACAUGUGCACUGUGGUACGUGCGU